AUGAAAAAGAACAAGAUUUCAGAAGAUGUCCAUGCACCCGACAAUUCCUUCCCGCUUUCACCUCAGUGGCUUUUGCCAAAGCCGGGGGAGAACAAGGUUGGAGCCGUUACAGGGGAGAAUAAUUUUAGUCUUCUCCCGGGUCAUGCCAACCGCCUUGUUGCUGUGAAACCAACUGGACCGGAAGAUGAUUUGGUCGAUAACCCUAAGAAGAAAGACGUUUUUCGUCCUUCCGUGCUGAACGUAGAGCCUGGCCGUCGGGACCGCUGGCGCGACGAAGAAAGAGACACUAAUUCCUCCUCCACCCGUAAGGACCGGUGGAAGGAGGGGGAGAGCGAUCCACACCUCGACAGCCGCAGGGCGGAUUCAUCUGCCGGAAAGCCCUAUGGUGAAGCACGCCAUGUCCCGAGCAGAGAUAAUCACGACCAGCGCCGUGAGAGCAAGUGGAAUACCAGGUGGGGCCACAAUGACAAGGUGACGGGCGGGAAGUGGGGGGACCCUGGCAAUAAGGAGGAUAGUGUUUUCCUUGGCAAGGGGCCUACCCAUGUUACACCUACUCAUGGGAAAAAUGAGAGGGAUGGGGUGGAUCACUAUCGGCCUUGGAGACCGAGUUCUACUUACAGCCGUGGUAAGGGGGAACGGGAACCCCAUAACCAGACCUUUUUACAUGGCCGGGGGCGCGGAGAAAAUCCGGCCCCUGUCGUGUCUUAUGGCAGGGGAAGGGUUGGCUCUGGGGGGAAUUUGGUUACCCACACAGCCAAUCAUUUGCAGCCACGUGGAACUCUCCUGGCGAAAGGUGAAGCUGGCUAUGGGGACCCUGGUUGUCUGUCUUAUAACAGGACAGAACUGAUUGAUUUAUACAAGGAAACCGAUAUGAUAGGUUAUGGUAGUAAGUGUUUGGAUGGUGUGGUGCCAGUACCCUCUCUUACUCAGAAUGAACCUACUGAACCUCUGGCUUUUUGUGAACCUACUCCUGAAGAAUUGGCUAUUCUGAAGGGAAUUGGCAAUGGAGAAAUCAUUAGCAGUGGUGCUCCACAGGUCAAUAAAGACGGAUCUGCUGGCCGAACCACAACUGACUUCAUGCAAACGAGGCGAAAUAGGCUAGAUGAUUCUAUACAUGAAGCGCCGAACAAUCCUGAUGGUUACUCAGAAUAUUCGGAAGCUUCGGCCCAUGGAAAGUACAUUUGUCGUUGGCCCGAGACAAAAGUUGAGACAAUGCAAGAUUACAAGACCUCGUCUGACCACAAAUUGAAUGUUGACGCCUUAAAGGAAGGCAAUGCUAUUCAUAGGAAGAACGAUGAACACACUCAUUUAGUUUCUGAUUGGAGAGAGAGAUCUCUGGAUAUUCCAAAAGAUCUUACAAAUGUAUGGCAGAAUAGUAUGAUUGAUUCACCUAACACCAAUAAAGGAGCGCCUAAAUGGCAGGUGGGUGAUAAGCCAGUUUUGGGAAGGCAACCACUUGCAGCUAUUAACAGGGAAAUCGAAACACAUUUAACUUCUCAACCUUCUCCAGAAGACCUAGUACUUUUUUAUAAAGACCCGCAGGGUGAAAUUCAAGGCCCUUUUGCUGGAAGUGAUAUCAUUACAUGGUUUGAGUCGGGGUAUUUUGGCAUUGAAUUGCAAGUGCGUCUGGCCAAUGCUCCGGCUGACUCUCCCUUCUACUUACUUGGAGAUGUUAUGCCCCAUUUGCGUGCCAAGGCUCGGCCACCUCCUGGAUUUAGUACCCCCAAGCCAAAUGACAUCCAUGAUACCUCUGGUAGAUUAAACUAUACUAGUGCUGGGAAGCUUGAGGCCGAUUUCUUGAAGAAUGAUUCGAGAUAUCAACAUAGUAUGGGUUUAACUACAAAGGCCGAGAAUAGCUUUCUGGAGCCAUUGAUGGCUGGCGGUUUGGGAACUAACCAUGGGGAAGAUCCUUUUUUACUGGCGAAGAAGUUGGCAUUGGAAAAGCAACAGUCUGCACUAAAUCCUUAUUCACUUUGGCCUGGAGGAAAUGCUGCUUCGGUUACAGACAGUGCUCUUGCACAGAAUCGUACUCAGAAUGUGGAACCAUCAUUGCCUGUCCUUAGUAUAUUGCAACAGAGACUGCAGCAGCCACAGAACACACCUUUGAGCAAUCCAUUAGCCCAAUCAUUGGAUAAUUCAUCCAGGAUAAUUCCUCCGGAGAACCUCUUAGCGUCUGGUAUUCCUCAAGAUCAGCAGAUUUUAAGUUUGUUGCAACAGCAGUAUUUGCUACAGCAGGUUCAACCCCAGGCCCCCGUUGCGGCUCAGCAAUUGUCUCUUUUGGAUAUGGUGCUUAAGCAGCAACAGAAGCAGGAAGAGCAGCAACUGUUACUGCGCCAGCAGCAACAAUUGCUCUCGCAAGUGCUAUCCAAGCAUCCCCUGAAUCAACCAUUGAGCGAGCCUUCAAUUUCUCAGUUGCAGCAAACUGGUGGUUUUGCAGCUGGGGAUGUUAAUGUGGGUCACACUCAUUUUCAAAACCAUGAUAUCUUUCAGAUUGGUUCACAGAACGUGCGAGAUGAAAGUAAAAACGCUGCUGGUUUUGUUUUGCCUCCUAAUGAUUCGAGCAGAAAUAUAGGCUCAGAAACUUCAGAAAGUUCAAUGCAUCUGCCACAUCAGAUUUUUGCUAAUCUCCCGAAGCAAAGAGACUGGGAUGAUGCUCCUGCAGGUGGAACAAUUGAUGAGCGGUCGAAGGGACUUUCUAGCACGACAGAUGACAGGGAGCAUUCGGGAGAUUCUGUCCCAAAGCAGCAAUAUACAAUUGAUCAUAAAAAUGAUUCAGUAUUUCAUGAAGCUUUGGAUGCAUUUGAAGAGACUCCGGCUGGGGAAUCAGCAGAACCGCAAGAAAAUGAAGAACAUCACACUGCUGAUUCAUCCUUAGUAAAAGAAGUUAAGGUCCCUGAAGCACAGGGGAAGAAGUCAAAAAAGCAGAAGUCUUCUUCCAAGGCUCAUGUUGACUCAGUAAAGGGUGCUGUGACCAAAUCACAACAGUUGAAGUCAUUGGAAUCUGAAGGAACAGCAAUCUCUGGUAAUGCUAAAUCUGAGACACUUACUGCCAAAGGAGAUGCACUGGCUGCAUCUGCAACAGAAAAGGAGAAGAUGAAGAACAAAAAAUCAGUUGAUGAUUUGGGGCUCCUACCAGGCCAGAGCUCUUUGCCGCCUCGUAAUUAUGCAGAUGGUGGAGUGACAACAGAGACAAGUGCUCAGCCAGGAUUUGCACUCUCUCAGGCAAAUACCGGUCAACGGGCAUGGAAGCCUGCUCCUGGUUUUAAGCCAAAAUCAUUACUAGAAAUACAACAGGAAGAGCAGAGAAGAGCACAAGAACGAGAAGAGGCGGCAGUUCCUGAUAUCUCAACUUCUCUAAGCUCCAUGAGCGUCUCGAAUCUUUGGGCUGGGGUAGUUGCCAAUUCAGAUUAUAAAGUAUCGGAGGAAAUCCGGCAGGAACCCCCUAGCACUGAGAUAACUUUUGCCAAGUCUGAUAGUGCCUCUGUCCUGAAGAACAAGAAUAACCAAAACGAAGAUCUAUUCUGGGAUGCUAAUGUUUCCAAAUUAGGGGACAGCGAAGUAGAGACUUCCAGCCGUGGGGUGCCUUUAACAACAUCAAUUAUGACUUCUCAAUCUGGUACGAUCAUUGAUGAUGACUUUGUUGAUGCUAAAGAUACUAAAAAGAGCCGUAAAAAGUCUGCCAGAGGUAAAAAGGCGGCUCCCAUUGUUACUCCCACCGAUGUGCAUGUUGGAUCAAGUCCAAAUGAUAAGAGCAAACUUUCUCGGCAAAUGCAACAGCCGAAGGAAGUAUUACCUCCUCCGCCAUCUGGUCCUUCCUUGGGAGACUUUGUUAAAUGGAAAGGGGAGUCUGCUAGUCCUCCUGCCCCUGCUUGGUCUGAUUCUGCUAAACUCAGUAAGCCUGCAUCUUUGAGAGACAUCCUUAAGGAACAAGAGAAAAAGGUUUCUUCUUCACAGCCGUUGCCAACUCCUCAGAAGCCUGCAACAAAUCCAUCUUCUUCUGCAAGUGUUCCUUCAUGGUCAUAUUCUUCUUCUCCUGCAAAGUCUGCCGCCACAGUGACUGUUAACUCACAAACUUCCUCUAAGUCGAAACAUAAUAAAGUCGAGGAUGAUCUAUUCUGGGGACCACUAGAGCAACCAAAGCCGGAUGAUAAGCAGUCGGAGUUUCCUCAACUUGGGUCACAGGGAAGUUGGGCAAACAAAAGCACCCCUGUGAAGGGAAACCUUGGAGGCACUUUGAACCGUCAGAAGUCUGCUGGUGGCAAAGCUGCAGAUGAUACUUUUUUUGUUUCAUCUUCAUCAGCUCAGUCAUCUCUCAAAGGGAAUAAAAAUUCCAUAACUAAGCAUUCAGAGGCCGGCGACUUCAUGGAAUGGUGUGAGAGCGAGUGCGUCAGACUCAUUGGGUCGAAAGACACAAGUAUACUGGAAUACUGUCUGAAGAUACCGAGAUCCGAGGCUGAGACACUACUAAUCGAGAAUCUUGGCUCAUUCGACCCGAAACACGAAUUUAUCGACAAGUUUCUGAGCUACAAGGAUUUUCUGCCUGUUGAAGCUGUUGAGAUCGCCUUUAAGAACCGGAAUGAUCGAAAAACAGGGGACAUGAUUUCCGAUCCUUAUCCUGAUAUCAGCAGUGGACCCACAAAAGCAGGAAAAAAGAAGGGGAAAAAGGGGAAGAAAGUGAGCCCAUCCGUUUUGGGGUUUAAUGUCGUGAGCAACCGGAUUAUGAUGGGUGAGAUUCAGACUGUGGAUGAGUGA